UUCAAUAAACAUAUGAUUGAAAACAACAAUUCUUGUUGUUUUCAUGUUUUUCGUGACCAUCGCUGACACAACUUAUUGUAUUAAUUGAUAAGAUGGCCAACAAAUCACAUACCGAUGUAAAUCUGUUUCCCAUCGAAAUACCCGCUUCUGUCAAAUCACUCGCAAAACUAUUGCCAUCAAUGGAUGAUUCACUUCUUCAUCAGAUUUGUGUUUUAUGUAAACAAUAUUUGAAAGACAAGUGUUUCGAUAGUAAAGGAUAUCUUUCGGUCAAACAGACGUGUCUUAGCAAUGAUCUGUUGGACACAAAAAGCUUUGAUGUAUUAGUCAAUGCAAUACUAAUGCUUGCUAUCAAUUGUCAUAAUAAUUACCACUUCUUCGACUCGCAUCUCAUAGAAAACUAUUUAAUAAAAAGUCUAAAUUUGAACCAAAAGUUUGUCAAACUAUUUCUGAAUGAUUUAUUUGACGACAACAUUGUUGGUGUCGAUGGCAAAAGUUUUUCAGUUACCAGAAGACAGUCAUAUGUCUUGCGAUCGAUUCGAUGGCGAAUUGAUGUCUCCAUCUCUAACCCAAUGGUCUCAAGAAUUAUGGAACCAUUGAUAGUAUUUGAGUUGAAUGUUAUGCUUAAUAACAGCUCUGAUAAAGACUUGUUUGUCGAGAAAGUGGUUGUCUUUGAGUGCAAAAUAUCAGAGUUUCAUAAAUUGCGGUUUAAUAUCGCAAAUGUUGUCAAUCGACUCAAUCAAAUCCAUCUUUAA